AUAGUAAUGAAUAAAUCUUUAGCAGGUGGGAAAUUUUACUUCACAAGAAGAGAUGGUCCUUUUGUAUCACAGGAAAAGUUUCAUCCUCUUUUUUGCAGCUCAUUUUUAGAGUGAAUAGUACAAACAGACUGUACAGAGACACCCCCAGGUUUGGAGAGAAAGUUGAAAUGUGAUGUUUUUCAUGGCUGUGUGCCAGAAGGAGGCCCUUCAGAUUGCCAAGUGGUAAGACUUAAACAAACAGUUCCAAAAGAAACGCUGCAGAGAACAGCUGUGUGCAGAAGUUCAGCUUAAGAACUUGACAACUUCAGGACGGAGUAGGAAUGAACCAGUUUAUGCAAAGUCUCUGCAAAAGGGAAAAGCUCUGCCCAUCUGAAAGCCCAGCCUACCAAUGGGUGGUUCCUUCUGGACUCACUGUAAUGCAAAUUUGUCCUUUUCUGGUGUGCGGAUGCAGUAAACAGGAGUUUUAAAAUACCUUCUUAAUCGGAAACUUGAUCUCAGAACAACUUAAAACCUGUGAGGACGGAUAUUGCUGAAAAGCAAAUCCAGUAAGUCAGAUAAGAAGCUGACUUUGAACCGUUUGUGAGACACACCAACAGAUUCAGAAAACUCAGAGAUGGAGAUUCCACCUCGGCCUGCACUGUUUGACUUCCAUGGAGUUUCCAUGACAAAAUACUUCACUGACAACUGGGACAAUAUCCAGGAUUUCAAAGCAAGACCAGAUGAUAUUCUAAUAGCAUCUUAUCCUAAAGCAGGAAACACAUGGGUGUCUUACAUCCUGGACCUUCUGUAUUUUAGCCAUGUGUCACCUGAUCGACAAGAGGUUGUCCCACUACAUGAAAGAGUGCCAUUUCUGGAGUUUUACAUGCCGGGAUUUCCUUCGGGAGUGGAUGAGUUAAAUCAGUCAACGACUGUCCCACGCAUUAUAAAGACACACCUGCCAGUUCAGUUUCUUUCCAAAUCCUUCUGGGAGCAGAACUCCAAGAUAGUCUAUGUGGCUCGCAAUGCCAAAGACAGUGUGGUUUCCUUUUUCCACUUCGAUCGCAUGAACAAGGCCCAGCCAGAGCCUGGCGACUGGAGCAGUUACCUCAAGAGGUUCAUGGAUGGAAAAAUGGUUUUUGGUUCCUGGUAUGAACAUGUGAAAGGCUGGUGGGAGAAGCAAAAGUCCCAUCCAAACAUCUUGUAUCUGUUUUAUGAGGAUCUCAUUGAGAAUACUGAGGAGGAACUCGACAAACUUUGCUCCUUCCUGGGACUUUCUCCCUCCUCAGAGUCAAAAAAACAAGUCAUGGAAAAAGCUCUAUUUGACAACAUGAAAAACAACAAGAUGGCCAAUGGUUCAGCUGAUGCAGUCCUGGAUUUUAAGAUUUCUCCUUUCAUGCGCAAAGGAAAAGUUGGUGACUGGAAGAAUCAUUUUACUGUGCAACAGAACGAACAGUUUUCAGAAGACUAUGACAAGAAGAUGAAGGACACUGAUCUUCAGUUUCGGACAGUUCUGUAAUUUUGCGUUUGACUUCAAGUACUGGUUAACGAAUAAACAUCACACGACAUACUUU